AUGGACACCAAGGCGCAGAGCCUUCCCACCACCCACACCCACAGCACCUCUCGGCCUCAAGGCCACUCGAGCAACUGCGGCCAUCACUGUCGGAGUUGCAACCCCUCUGGCCACGCGAGUUCCAGCUCCAGCCCCAGCCCUGGCCCGCCAGCGAGGCAUCCCAAACAGACCAUGCACUCCCGCUACGCUCUCCAGCGGCCCAGCCACAGCCGCAGCUUCCCCAGGAACAGAAAGACCUUAGAAGGGAAAGUGAUCAAGAGAAAGAGGGUCAGGAGGGGCAAGCGGGCUCGGACUCAGCGGGCAAAGAGGCGGACCCCAGGAGACGAGCCAUCACCAUGGGAACGCUGGGACAACGUCCACCUUCUCACAGGAACAUGUUACAAUGGCAGUUUCUAUGCAACAAGGAUUAAAGCUUGUUCCCUGGAAGACAAUCCUUGA